UAUAUAUGUUGUGAUAACACUAGCUAGCUAUGAGGGCUGUUCAAGGCAGAAAGAAUAUAAUAAGUUUGUGAUGGGAAUAGAAGAAGGCAUGAUUGGUGGGAGGGAUAGUGUAGAGAAGAGACAGAAAAACAUAACAGCCAUGGAUUUUGAGAUGGAGAAUGGAGAUGGAGAUCAGGAUGGAAGCAGGUUCUUGUGUAGUGAAACUGCCUUCUCUCCCGUGCAGCAUCCCACUGAACCUCUUGGAGAAGACCGCCCCAUCAUUUGCCCAAUGCCAUACUCUUCUUCUAUAUUGAAGGGAAAUGCAGGGUUGCAAGCAGGGAGAUUCUCUGCAGAUAUGGUGAGGAGGAGGAGAUCGGAUCAUUCAUUUGCGCCUCCGAGGAAGAGCGGAGGAAUCUUGGAGGUGACGAUGGAGCCACCGAUCAGGGCGGUGCGAAAAAGACACCACCCAGUAGGGCAAGAUUACCGGGCGGCAACCGCCGUGCCUGGCCCUGUGUGGAGGCUUCCGCCGCAAAAUGGGACCAUUUCUCAGGCGCUCCACCAAUUUAACCACUUCAAAUCUUGACGACCUUAGCGCGCGCGGCGACGCUGAUCCCAACCCUGCCGGCCGGCCGGCCACUAUCUCAUCAAGUAAAUAAACAUUAUAAUUAUAAUAAUAAUAUAGUUUAAUUACAAGAUAUUCGACAGAUCUUUAGGAGUGUAUUGUAUGUAUAUGAAUUGUGGUGAACAUUUUGCAUAGGUAGACUUUUGAAAAUGCACCAAGACUAUUAAAUUAUAGGUUUCCAUGAAUUUUGUUGAUUUGCAUAAAUUUACUAAUCUCCUGUUAAUGAUAUUGUAAGUUAG